AUGGAUAACGCGAAUCUGUGGACCCGGAGAUCCAACUCAAGCAAGCUGUCGCUAUCUACGUCUGGAAGUGACAAGGAGGGCGGCGCCAAACUUGAUCUUCCCCGCAGUCAUUCAACGAAGCGCUUUGGGCCCGACAGCUCCCACGGCCGCUCCAACCCUUUCAACGCCAUUUCUCCUCUCUCCGCCGGUGUCUCCUCGCCUUCUUCCAGCGCUUCGAACGCAUUUGGCCUGGGCUCGGGUGCCUUCGCCUCCUUUGGGUCGGCUUCAAAGACCUCGAAGAACUCCGGGAACACAUCUGACGUAGGGUCGUCAAAAGGGUCCGGAGAUAAGCGCGAUUCCUCCAGCGAGCAAGAGUCGUCGACCGCAGACAACGUUAAAUCGAAAGCCUCUUCCACCUCCCUGAAUGCCGCUCCUGCCCCUGCUCCCAAGGAACAUCCUCUGAAGACGACGUGGGUUCUCUGGUAUCGCCCACCGACUCCCAAGUAUUCCGAUUACGAGAAGUCCACGAUUGCGCUCGCGUCCAUAUCCUCCGUGGAGAAUUUCUGGACUAUCUACUCCCAUCUGAAGCGACCUUCUCUUCUUCCUACCGUUUCCGACUACCACAUCUUCAAGAAAGGCAUCCGUCCGGUCUGGGAAGAUGAGGCAAACAAGAAGGGCGGCAAAUGGAUUGUCAGGCUGAAGAAGGGCGUUGCCGAUCGCUACUGGGAAGAUCUCCUUCUCGCAAUUGUCGGCGAUCAAUUUGCCGAAGCGGGAGAUGAAAUCUGCGGUGCAGUUCUCAGUGUGCGCAGCGGCGAGGACGUUUUGAGCGUUUGGACGAGAAUUGACGGUGGGCGGAAUAUCAAAAUUAGGGAAACUAUCAAGCGUCUGUUGGCGUUCCCGGCCGACACGAACAUUGUGUGGAAGAGCCACGACGACAGCAUUGCCCAGCGAUCGGCUAUUGACCAAGCGCGUCAGGAGAAGGCAGCUGGAAACGCUGGCCAUCACCACCACCAUCACCACCAUGGUGCAGAUCGCCGUCGAAUGACGGCCAAUGAUGAUUCUACAGGAGAAAAGGGAAAAGGGGCGGCGUCUAACUUUCUAUCGCAAUCAAUGGCUGCCAGUAACCCCUUUAUAGAAAUUUUGGUUUUGAUUACCCCAGUAGGUAUCUUAGUCGUGAAUAAUGCACUGUUCUAUGCAGCUCUCUGCCAACCUGUCCCGCUGUUUUACCGUCGGACUGCUCCCCACGACCACCCAAAUUCCCACUCCGAUAUCCUCCAGCCUUCCGCAGCCCAUGGUAUUUUCGAGCUGGGACAACCGGCGCGGACGUCCGGUGUGAGGAAGAGCAGUCUUCUCCUUGAAUUACCUCUGGAUACCUUUUUUUCGCUCAGGAGUCAAGGAAUUCGGCAUUUUCUCGUUACCGACCAUGCCCCAAAGCCCCAAUCUUUCCUCCACGCCCAGAGGUUCACGGCACCUCGAGAUCUGAUGUGGAACAGGCGGCGAAACGUGGAUGCUCCAUCGGACGAGCGCAGAUUAUUUCCGAAUUAUGAGAGAAGUCGUGAUGAGGUCCCGAUCAUACCGGGGAGGACAUUCAGUAAGCCAGCGAAGCCAUUGCAGUCGUUUGCUCAGCUCAAGCCCGUGGAUACUCUAUCCCGCAAGUCUCGUGAAAGCGGCCCCGUUCGCGCUCAAGGAAAAUCAAAACCGCAAGUUGAUGAUCAAAGCUCCCCGGCUCCUCGCAGUCCUCAAGUGAAUGAUCUCUCAGACUUCGACGAUUCCGAGAGGCCCGUUAAACGCCAACGUCGGGAUGUUAUCAACCUUGUGGACGAUGAAGAUGCGAAGCGUAGAACUUCUUCGCCCACCCUAUCACCUGAAGCCUCGCGACAGCAUCGGCUGUCUUCGGCUUCUAGCCAAAGUUCAGCGAGGGGGAGGAAGCCGCCAGAGUCCAAAAAUGUGUGUGAAUAUCGAGGGGUAGAAAAAAUGAUGACCAGUGCUCUUCGAGGAAGUAAUAACAAACAGAGCCCACAAAAGAAGCAGGAAUUGCUUUCAGAUGAUGGUCGAGGCGAGCCCUCCGCUCACAAUAUGAAGCAUCGGCAUCUCCAAAGCCCAAUAUCUGAUGACGAGACAGCUUCCGCGAGGCUUGGUCAUCGAACAAAACGGCCCGUCUUUGAGAGUGUUGAAAUCCGCAAUUCUCCAAAUGGGAUUGGAGCAAGGUCCGGGGAAGAGAGCCCUCGUCUACAGAAACUAUUCGUCCCGACGGACGGCAAACGCCGCACUUCUGACAUGAGGGAGAGUCCAGACGAGUUGCAGGGCGAGGCAACAGUCCAACCGGCACCCAGUUCGCUCUCCGUUAAUUACAGGAGAGAUCACACUUCAGAGUCUCGAUCUUCUGACCGCUCCGAGAAAGAUGCUAGAAAAGGCACACAGCGGAUAUCUCCUAGUGAUAUUAAGCCGACGACAUUUACUAGCUCACGUCAGAGCGAAGGGAAAAAGCAACGCAAACUCCGAAAAGUGACAAGUGGAAAGUCUCACGUCCGUUUAUUCGAGGCUUCUUUGUUUCGUUUCGGGUCUGUUGAGAGAGUUGCUUCCGAGAAGCAGGCGUUCGAUGUCGGUUUUGAUAGCAGCAAUGAAACUAUUGGACUUGCGGCAGUCAGUGAGACCGAGGUGGACAAAGGUGCGACCAUACCUGUGCGGAAAGUCGCUCUGGCUCUUCAAGGGAUGGACGGGAGUCGAAAGGUCCGAUUAAAAUUGUCUAAGACAGAAGGGGCUUUUGAUGAGACGGUAGAUAUCGAGUUUCAGUCGGAAAAAGACAAGCUCGACCUUUGCAAUCUUCUCGAAACGAAAGGCGUGAAAAUACGGAAAAAAGAAAGUGGUUGGAUGGACAAGAUAUUUGAAAACUCGCGAAAGGCCGAACCUCGCCAAAUCAACCGUUGCAAACGUCCCAGCCCAGAGGCCUCCCCAGAUUCCGUUUCUGAGCCCAAAGUUGAGCACGUUAAACGACCAAAGCUCUCAGCUUCUCUUCAGGGUGACGACGAUGUUGUCACUACUCAACCUGCUGGCGCUGCAAAGCAGCAGCCACGCCGUUUGCCAGAUUCAUCUAGUCGGGAUCAGGCUUCAUCUAUCUCGCCUGCCGCAGAUACUCACAGCCACCCUGCUGCGAAAGAAGAUGACUCCGGUACCCCCGUUUCAGUCAAGAAGUUUACUUCGCCGUCUUCGGAAGGCCGUGAAACCCGUGAAACCCGCUCCAAAGCGCGUCGUGGUCUGGUGUCGUUGAUUAGCGAUGAUGGGGCUUCGUCACCAAAGUCGAAGUCAAAUGACUCUCUACCAAAGUGGUCCAGACCUCUUGUAUAUCCUCGCGAGGGAAAGAAGAAAGCAGAAGUGGACCGUCAUGACUUUGAACGUCUUCGAGACGGAGAGUUCCUGAACGACAAUCUAAUCGGCUUCUAUCUUCGGUUUCUUGAAGAUCACUUGGAACGAAACAACCCGGAGGUCUCAAAAAGGACAUACUUUUUCAAUUCCUACUUCUUUGCGACCUUGACAAAUACGCCUAGGGGCAAGCGUGGUAUCAACUAUGAGGGCGUUCAGAAAUGGACGAGAAACGUGGACCUCUUCAGCCGUGACUACGUCAUCGUUCCCAUCAACGAGAGUGCACACUGGUAUCUUGCAAUCAUUUGCAACUUGUCAAGUUUGUUGCGGAAAAAGGAAGAGAGCGCAGAACCUGGGGAGCCUGCCCCCGACAGCAAAGAUGUUCCGUCCCAAUCCCCCAGUGAGGUAAAAGAAAUCCCUGAGACUCCUCAAAACGUUCCUGUCGAUGAAUCUGGCAAUGCAACAGAAGUAGCAGAGCCAGAAGAGACCACUCGCCAAUCUUUUGCUUCUAUGACGUUGUCUGAUACGGCACCAACUGAUGGUGCACAGCGGGUGGAAGUCUCUGAAGGACAAUCACCCGAAUCUGACGACGACUGGCCCGAGAAAGAGGAAAACCCGACUUCUUCUCCUCCGAGAUUCUCACGCGCCGGAGACGGAUCCCGUUCAGCUGACCGGGACGAAGCGGAGCAGACAGCUGAAAAAUCCAAAGACGGCCUUGCCCAGGAAACAAAAGAAAAGAGGAAAAGCCGUUCUAAACAUGACGUUAACCAACCGGCCAUUAUCACCUUUGAUUCCCUUGGUGCAUCUCGGUAUCCUGCCAUUAAAGUUCUUCGUGCAUAUCUCCUGGAGGAAGCCAUGUCAAAGCGAUCUCUCCAAAUCGAUCCCAAGGACAUCAAGGGGAUUACCGCUGGUGAAAUACCCUUGCAGCCCAACUUCUCCGACUGCGGCCUGUACUUGCUGGCGUAUCUCGAGAAAUUUGCGCAAGAUCCGGAUGGCUUUGUGGAAAAAUCGCUGCAAAGGGAGAUGAAUGCACAGAGAGACUGGCCGCCUUUGAAAUCUGGGCUUCUACGACGUCGGCUUCGCGAUUUUCUCUACAGGUUGCAAGAGGAGCAGGAGAAUAUCCAGCGCAACAAAGUCAGUGGCGGGAAGACGCUAGUUGAUGAGAAACCAAUCUCUUUUCUCCUGGGCCAUGCUCAGGCGUCAGCUGAACAGCAUGAGAAAGAUUCGGUUAGAGAACUCGAGCAAGAGCUGGAGAGAGAGCUCUCCGAAAAGACCAAGUCUUCAAUGCCAGCUGAAGUUGACGUCACUGAAUCUGUCCACGAGACGCGUUCAAAAUCUCAUAGACCAGAUGAGACAAGCCGGUCUCGUACAGGUGACACCGAUGCUCAGCAUUCUGAGCGCCGGGAAAGCACCAGUUCUGUGGAAGAAGAGACCGACUUGCCAGAAGUGGUCAAGGCCAAACAGGAAGAAAGUUCAAGGUCGCCGUCAUCGGUGACGCGCGAAGCGCGGCAUAAAACACCCGAUGAGAAGUGGGUUGAUGAAUUGUUUGACUUGACAGCCUCGCCAAAGCGAGUGAAAGUUGAAGUUCAGGUUCCGGGGACUCCGCCUUCAAGCAGCAGGUCUGGGGCGGUACUAGACAGCCCGCGGAGCAGUCCUAAGCAGGUCAAGUCUAGAAAUAAAAAUGAUGAGUGA